ACAGAAUGUAGAUGUACUCCGUCAUUCGUAUUCGUUAUGUUGUCUCCUGACGUCUGCCCGUAAUUUUCAGAACAGUAAAGUUUAACAAUGACCAAGUCAGAUGCUUUAGAAUCUGCGAAACAGAUAGCUUGUAACUCAGCUAUUUCUGAUUGGCUUAAAGUGGUUAACAUUAACUUUCUUAAAAAAUUUUAUCUACCAAUAUUUUGUUAUUAGGAUAAUCAGAUUAUUGGACUUGGAAGUGGCACAACAAUCAAAUACGCUGUUGAGUAUAUUGCUGACAAAGUGAAAAAAGAAAACCUACAGAUUCAGUGUAUACCAACUUCAUUUCAGGUAUGCCAUUAAUACAUGGGAUUUACACAUUUGUAUCUUAAUAAUUUUCUGGUUCUAUUUCGGUCUCGGUAAGUUGUUAACUAAUGUAUGGUCGUUCGGAAUUUGUUCGAUUCGAUAUUAUAUAGUAACAUAUUAAAAACCAAGGCAAUGAAUAGUUGAACCUCGAGUCUAUAAAAAAUACUGAAAACAUAAGUCAUUUUUUUAAACUCUUAGGGAUCGAAUUCAGAUUACUGAGGUGCAGACACAUCCAGCUAACAUGUCUCAAAUGAGAUGAGGUGCGCGUCCUAGAUUUUACUGUUAGCUGCAAUCCAUUCAUUCUAAAUACGAUUCAUAAGGUUUAUGUUUUUCAAAGCAUAUGAUUAUAUGAUAAAACUAUUCAUUAUCUUAUUUGAAAAAUCAGUUGUCUUUUACAGGCCAGACAACUUCUGAUCAACCAUAAAUUGCCAGUGACAGACCUUGAUGUAUGUGAACAGGUAAAAUAUCUUGUUUCAUUUAUAUCUAGCUUCUUUAUUCAAAAAAUUAGAUUGAUGUAACUUUUGACGGGGCAGAUGAAGUAGAUGAACAUCUUCAUUUAAUCAAAGGCGGCGGUGGCUGUUUACUCCAGGAAAAAAUUGUCGCUUCUUGUACUAAAGAUUUUAUAGCUAUUGUCGAUGAACGGCAAGUUUACCUACUUAAUAUAUAUGCUCUAACUUAAAUUAUAAGUCGUUGAGUUUUCCGUCUUAAUUAUCGAUAUAUAUAUAUAUAUAUAGUGGGGUCGUAGACAAGUACUGCUAGGGCGUCCCAUACUAGAACGGGGCAGUUGUCUACUGCUUCGUGAUUUUCGAUAGUUGUCCAGCUAAGUUCAGUUGUAGUUGUGGAGAUUUUUUAAUUCUAUUGAGGUCACCAAACGAUGUACGUUAGACAACCAUUAAAAACCUAGAGGCGCAGAAUGACCGUUCGGUCCUAAUGCCUACCCACGACCCUGGGGUUGGGGAUCGAACCCAGCAUCAGUCUCUCACGUGGAUGCUUAACCUGUGGACAACUGAGCUGGGAUCCAAUGAUAUACAAGUUCUUAACCUUAACCAUAAUAUUCUGAAAUAUUUGAUCGGAUCUUGUCGAUAUUAAGUUUGUGGAAAUUCAGUUUACAAUGUUUAUCUUCAGGCAAUUAAUAUUUCAGAGGGAUGUAAAUAAUAAUUUCUCUUUCUUAUAUAUUACAACUUUUGUGGAUAAUGUAGGAAACACUCAAAGAGACUAGGUUCAUAUUGGACUAAAGGCUUACCAAUCGAGGUAGUUCCAAUGGCUUUCAAACCGGUACAAACAAGAAUACAGAAAUUAUUUGGUGGACAAGCGAUUCUACGAGAAGCUGUUUCAAAGAUGGGUCCAGUUGUAACAGAUAAUGGAAACUUUUUAUUAGACUGGAAAUUCGACACAAAUAAACAAUAUUAUUGGCCAGAUGUAAAUGUUCAACUGUCACAAAUACCUGGUAUUGUUGAUACUGGCCUGUUUAUCAAUAUGACAAGUAGAAUUUAUAUUGGUAAUUUGAAUGGUACAGUGACUAAAUUGGAAGGGAAAUCAUCUAAUCAACAUACGUUAAACAAUAUCAGUAAUUUCUAAUUGAUUAUAUACACCUACCUACCUACCUAUCUGCUAUUGAUUUACUUAUCCUAUUUUGCUCUACUUUCACUCAGGGUUUAAAUUAUUAUCGUUAUUAUUUUGUUUUUGUAUUGUUUUGUUGCUUUUUCAUAAAUACAAAGAAAAGUACUAUCGUUGUA